UCGUCUGGAGGAAGUUGAACUCACUUUAUCGUUUUUAUCACUUAGAACUUUGUGCGAUGAUAAGUAUUUAAAAAGUGACGCUGCAGCUUCACUAAUGAACCGACCGCGUCAUCGUCACCUGCUGGGCUCUGGCAAUCGCGCGUGACGUCAUCACGCAGCGACAACGAGGAAGUGCAGUCGAGCGUCCUUCAGUGCGCCCGGUGCUGCUGCUGCUGGAAGUCUUGUUGUUGUCGCCGUCGCAGCGGAGUUUCUGUGAUUCCUCUGGUUUUAUGGAGUGACAGCAGCGAACAGCAGAGGAGAUCCACCGGAGAGGGUUCAAACCUGUGACCCACAGUUACUACAGCUCCUGUAUUGACUCAUCCUGCCCUGUCGUGUGUGAAGUCCCUCCAAGACUCAGGUAGACAUGGCAGCUCCAAGUUCAUCAGAGAGAAAGGCCUGCUGGGAUGCCAGGGACCUGCUGUGGAAGUGUCUGGAUGACAAAGACGACAAAGCAGCUGCCUGCCAGAACUUCCAGAGCGAAUUUGAGGCGAAAUGCCCCGCGCAGUGGGUGAAAUAUUUCUCAAAGAGGAGAGACUACUUGAAAUACAAGGAGAAAAUGCAAAAUGAAGGCUUCACACCUGCCCAAGGCCCCCGCCAGCCAUCCUAACAACUGGAAAUCAGACGGUGAAAAUCUGCAGACUGAAUGGCUCUUCACACUCAUUCAGGGCUGGGAGAGUAGUUUUGUACCGUUACUGUGGAGAGAAUACCUGUACUUCACCUUUGUUAUUUAUUUGUAUAGAGAAAUAAGGUGCAGCAGGACAGCAUACAGAAAAAUAACUCCAAAUGGCAGCGACUUGUGGCAUCACUAACAUUGACAUAUUUUGUACGAAAGGAAAGCUGAGCAAAGUCAACUGUCAAUUAUGUUAUUUUGUCAGGGUGGACAAACUUCAAAAUUAAGAAUUAGACAGUAAUCCUUCUGAUUAAUGCCUUACAUAUCUCUAGAUGUACAGUACACACUCAUACUGGAUCUGUGUGCGCACUCAUCUUAAUACAGUACAUGAUUUUUCUGUGAUUUUGUUGAUUGAAACCAAAACCUCCGGGAGAGGAGGUUGGCAGCAAUUGUAUAAUGUCUCCAGAGGAGAGAGUGGCUCUGUGGUUUGGGUUGAAGUUUUUGUGCUGUCAAAUACAUACGAAGCCUUGAUAAUGAUCAAGGUUUUUAGGGGCAAGAUCUGAAAAUCUGAUGUUUUUCUGUGAAUAAAUAAAAGAAACUCA